UAGGGCUUCUACCUGAAUUAAUUAUAAGUUCAAGACUUCUGGCUCCAGGUCCGAAGUCUUCCUGUCAGGACUUCCUGGCCUGUUCUCCUUAUGGCUGACUGAAAAUAUUUGGUGCUGGGAGCAACGGAACGAAAGUCAGACAGACUUCAGUUGCCCCGACGGAUUGGAGCCCAUCAGUCCGUCGUGACAAGUUUUCCCCCACCCCCGACCUAGAUGUAUGCAAGUCCAGGCUCUUCUGUUUCUUAGUGUCGCGGCUGGCCCAACUUACAGGCUGACUGAGGACUCUUCUUUCCUCAGAUUUUUUGAUCUUCAGAAUGCUUCGAUAUUCAUGUUUUUGUAGAAUGUACAAAGGACUGUUUUACUGCUGGGUGGAGUCCGGUGCAUUUAAUUUGGGUGUCUGUCCCCAAGCAAUGCAUACUUCAGCAGCCGUGCAUACUGAAUAUGAAUCUCAGGAAGAGACAACUCUGUGUGGUACUAGGAGUGUUCAUAGAUCUGAAGAGAAAGAUUCUGAAGCCAUGGCUAAACUGCAUAUUCCAGUAAUGGUGGAUGAAGUUAUUCAUUGCUUGACACCUCGAAAAGGGCAGGUCUUUCUAGAUAUGACAUUUGGUGCAGGAGGACACACAAAAGCUAUUCUGCAGAAGGAACCAGAUAUUACUGUCUAUGCUUUAGACCGAGACCCAACAGCUUAUGCAAUAGCCAAGCAGCUUUCGCAAGUGUAUCCGAAACAGGUCCAGGCUUUGUUAGGCCAGUUCAGCGAGGCAGAGGCUUUGUUACUAAAAGCUGGAGUGCAGCCAGGGACUAUCGAUGGAGUUCUUUUGGAUCUGGGGUGUUCCUCCAUGCAACUUGAUGUUCCUGAGCGAGGUUUCUCCCUUCGGAAGGAUGGUCCCUUGGACAUGAGGAUGGAUGGAGACAGGUAUCCUGACAUGCCCACUGCUGCUGAUGUUGUGAAUGCUUUAGAUCAACAAGCACUUGCAUCCAUCCUUAGAGCAUAUGGAGAGGAGAAGCAUGCCAAGAAAAUUGCUUCUGCAAUCAUUCAAGCACGCAGCAUAUACCCUAUCUCUAGAACCCAGCAGCUUGCCAGCAUUGUUGCAGGUGCCUUUCCUACCUCAGCUGUCUAUGCAAGAAAGGACUUGCUACAAAGAUCUACCCACAUUGCUACCAAGACGUUCCAAGCUCUUCGCAUCUUUGUGAACAAUGAGCUCAAUGAACUCUAUAUGGGACUGAAAACAGCGCAGAAAUUUCUGAAAACUGGUGGUCGUCUUGUUGCGCUCUCCUUCCAUUCUUUAGAAGAUCGCAUUGUCAAACGAUUUUUGCUUGGGAUAAGUAUGACAGAAAGAUUUAACCUCAGCAUCAGACAGAAGGUAAGGCAAACUGCACAGCUGGAUUCAAAUCAUGAGAGUGAGGGGAGCUCUGGAAGAGCUCCUCUGAUGUGGGAUCUGAUUCACAAGAAGGUGCUUACCCCAGAAGAUGAAGAUGUCCAAGAUAACCCCAGAGGGCGCUCAGCCAAGCUCAGGGCGGCUAUCAAAUUAUGAGGAUCUUAUCAUCAAAGUUUCCUUCUAUACUUCUAUUUUUUUCUAAUUGAAAACCUUGUUUCUGAACAGUUUAAUGCAAUGUAAAGUAUGGGGCAGCCUGGAAAUUAGUGGUAUUUAGUAUUUUUAUCUCUAAGGAUAAUAAAGGAAGUUUUAACAUGACAUAAAAACUUUCACUCACAGAGCAGAGAGUCUCAAAACUGUAAGCACUUGUUGAUCUCUGCAUUGUAUUUGAAUUAUAAAAUUCAAUUCUUUCUUUAAUGAGGAAAUGGAAAAACUAUGACAUUGUAUUAAGCUAGGUUUGUAAACUCAAGCUGUCAAAAGAAAGAUAAUCAUAUUUGUAUGCUCUAAAUUCCAAAUUGAGUUAUUUACAUUUCCAACAGACUUUCUAUGUCUCAAAUAAUUAUGAUGAUUAUGGAACAAAUUAUAGUUUCUCCUAACUAUAACUUUUUCAAAUGUAAACUUUUUAUUAUUAUUAUUUAAAAUCUGCCACACUGAUGAUUUUCACUAGCAAAGUCAGCUCAUUGCUUUGGUGGCAUUUCUCAGUAUGAUCCAUGUUUCAUGUAUUUCAGAGUAAUCACAUAGAAUUUCCCUAACAGCCCGCAUGGAAAAUGUGAAGCCCAGAACUUCUAUUUGAUGCCAAGUGUAUCAAUUGCUGUAAUGUAUAAUACCUGUAGUGAGCAAUGUAAUCUCUCAUUUGCAUCUUGAGGUUUUUUUUUUUAAUUUUAGACAUCAUGCAAGUAGUAAGUUUGUUUUUUAUGGCGUUUCCAUGAAAGUAAAGCAUUGUAUUGAUUAUUCUCACCCCCAAUACUCUUCUCUUUCGCUUCCCCAAUUCCUCCUUCCCUUACUGGACUCUCCCUCCCCUCGAAUGGUCUCUUACUCUGCCUCAUGUUGUCACAAAUACUCUAUUACCCUCUAUAUAUCGCUCUCCCUCUCUUAGCCCUCUUUCUACUUGUAUGUACAUAUUAUAUUCAUAUGUAUAUUUAUACAUAACACACAUGUAAGUUUAAAUAUAGUUUCUUUGUGCAUGUAAUAUUUGUAAUAUUUGUCCUUCUGAUUCUGAUUCUGACUUUUUUGCUUGAUAUAAUGAUAUCCAGUUUCACUCUAUUUUUGAAGAUGAAAAAUAAAAUAACCUCAUUUUGUAACUGAAUAAAA